AUGUCCAACAUUCAUCAGCCGACAACUGAUUGUCGAAGGGGCCGCAGCUACUUGUCCUUUGAGCUGCCAAAUGGAAUCCAAGUUGUCGUGGCCAGUGAUCCCAAUAGGUCCACGCCAGCAGCUGCCGCAUUGGCUGUUUUGGCCGGCAGCAUCCAUGAGCCUAAAGACAGACCUGGCCUGGCACACUUUUGUGAACACAUGCUGCUGCAUGGGACCAUUCAGCCUUGUUACGGCGAUGCUAACUUUGCAGAGUACAUCAAGCAAUCUGGAGGCAGACACAAUGCUGUCACCACAGUCUUACAGACAUGCUAUGCCUUUGAGGUUCAAUCAAGCAAGCUUGAAGGGGCCUUGAGUCGCUUUGCCAGAUUCUUUGCAUCACCCAUAUUCAGUCGAUCAUAUCAGCAGCAAGAAUUACAGGCGAUUGACGCAGAGCACAGCAUGAACGCAACAAACGAUUUUCGUCGUCAAUGGGCCAUCCUGCUCUUGGAUGCAAACCCAAGGCAUCCGUAUCACUGGACAUCUGGUUGCUCAAAGUCUUUGCAGAAUCCAAAUCUGCCAGAUUUGCACCGUUCGCUCGAGAGCUUCCAUUCUUCCAACUAUAAGUCAGAACGAAUGUCGCUGGCAGUUGUGGGCAGUGAAGCCACACAAGAGCUCGCAUCAUGGGUUCGAAAAUACUUUUCCUGUGUUCCUUCUUCGGGCACAAAGGAUCCUGGCUUAAGCUACCUAAUGGGUGACAGUCUUGGCGGAGGUGAACCUUCUUUUCUGAAAGAAGAUUUCUGUCGUCAGAUCUGGAUUGUCCCCGUCAAAGAAGUACACCAACUCAAGCUGUGCUGGCUCCUGCCAUGGCAGGUCGCACAUUGGAGGUCGAAACCUACAGCAUACAUUAAAUACUUGCUAGAACAAGAAGGGGACGGAAGUUUGAGAGCUGCCCUUUCACGUGCUGGCCUUUCCCACAAUCAAACUACUACUUGCUUUGACUAUCACGGAGUUGCUUCCACUCUCGAGUUCUCUGUUGACCUCGUGGACACCAAAGACACAACUGUGAUGGAAGUCGGUUGCUUGAUCUUCGCUUACAUUUCAAUGCUUCGUGCAAAGGGAGUGCAGAGAGCAGUUUUGGAAGAAAUCCAGGAGCUUCAACAGUUGAGCUUUCACUAUCCGGACAUUUCCAACUCAUCCCCGUUCGAUUUCGUUCAAGACCUCGCUUGCAACUUGCAUUACUAUCCAGCUGAAGAAGUGCUGGCAGCAGACCAUUUAAUAUACAGGCUCGACGCCGAAGGAUCUCAAUCUGUGUUGAAGCUCACAACAGUAAACCAUGCUCGGCUGUCUUUGAUUUCGAAAGACUUUGAUGCUUUUUGUACCUCAACGGAGCCGUGGUAUGGGGGUCGUUUCCUCAAGGAGGACUCCAUCAAGGAUGAUUGGAAGACCAAAUGGACAGACGUGGAGACCGAUGAAUGGGCGCAGAUUGCUGAACAGCAAAAGUAUCGCUUCCCCCCGAGGAACACCUAUCUUCCAGCAGAUUUAUCCAUGCGGUAUGUUCCUCAGGAAGAUGUGCCAAUUGAGAUGGAGGUAGCGGAGGAUAGCUGCCGAGCCUGGUUUAAGCAAUCAAAGGUGGAUCAGCCUAAAGCUGCAGCUGCCUUCUCUUUGUACUCUUCUGAGAUGUCAACCCCGAAACAAGUUGCGCUGGCUCACUUGUACUGCAAAUUGGUUCAGCAGGAGUUGAAGGCUGAGGCAUUCCAACUAAAAGCAGCUGGUGCAACAUACCAAUUGGAAGUUGGAGAAUUUUCGGGAUUCGUUUUGCAGGUCUUCGGCUUCAGGGAUACAUUGCCGGUGCUCGCAAGGAGAAUUUCAGAGACACUAAGCUCAAGCCGUCGAAGCCCAAGUUGGAGAUACCUCAGAGAUCAGCAGGAGCGAAGCUUGAAAAAUUCAAGUCGUGGACAAGCUUACAAUCAGGCUCUGAAUGGCUUGGAGGAGUUGUUAUUUCAACGUCCAGCACUUUCGGACCUGAUCCAGGCCACUUCAGCUCUUGAAGAAGAGGGCAUGUGCUUCUCGGAUUUGUUCCAAAGAUUCUUCGGCUCUGGAAGAUGCUUGGUGGAGGGCCUAAUCGUGGGAAACUUGGACUGGGCUGACGCAAUCCAGCUGUUGAAUGCAACCUUGGGUCCUUGGAGAGAUGUUUGGCACCAGGAGGCCGUCUUGGAGCCCUGCGACAGAUUAUGCAAUGUUCCGUCUCCUGUGGAAAUGCUUUUGCCUCGCUCAAGACUUGGCCGUGAUCUUCUGACUAUCGUGCAGCUGGACGGCAAGAAUUCUGAAGAUCGGAACAGCUGCUCAGUGGAGAGCCUUUGCAACAUUGCAACAUCCACACCUGAGAAUGAAGCUUUGGCAGCGCUGUUAAUGCAGAUUUGGAAGUCCAUGUUUUACAAUGAAUUGCGAACGCGACAGCAGCUGGGCUACGUAGUGUCAAGCUUUAUGCGAACGCGUGUCACUCACAUAUCUUUGAUUUUCUUGGUGCAAACUGAACGGGCUCCAGAGGUGGCUUUGAAAAGCAUUGACCGAUUCUUGGAUCAUGCAUGUCACCAUAUCCUGUCAGUCCUGACAGAGAGAGAGUUUCAUGAGCACUGUGAAAGCCUGGCCUUGCAGUUGGAAGAGCCACCUCAGAAUAUCUGGGAAGCGCUGAGCCAAGAUUGGCUCUUCAUUCAGGAACGGAGCUUUGCAUUCAGAAGCCGGAAGCAGCAGGUGACCCUUUUGCGAAGUUGCACUUUGCAGCGCCUUCGAGACUUUGUCAAAAACGAGGCCAUCGCUACCAGGUUGGAGGCCAUUGCUAUUCGGUUGAGGUGA